AACUAUUUGUUAAACAAAUUAACAAAAAAAGAAAAAUACUAUGCUAGGAAAAAUUUUCCUUUUAUUUUUUAUCUUGGGUGUGAAUGAAGUAGUGGUCAACGGAAAUGAAGAUAUUGUAUUUCGUUCACAAUUGAAAAGACCAGAAUGUCAUUUACUAUGUGGAUUGUGUAAAUGUGUCGGAAGAGUAACAAAGAUAUUCCUUGAAUACGAACCAUUCAUUCCAAUAAUGUCCAGAAUAUUUGCUCCAUUGUGUGAAGUUCUUCCUCAGGAGCAUUGGAGAAAUGAGUGUUUAAUCAUCACACAUGAAUUGCCAAAGAGAGUUCGAGAACUUGCUCAUCACAUGAAUGUUACUGGUAAAUGUACUAAAUUAGGUUUCUGUGGUGGAAGACAUCCAAUGUUAUUGGAUUCUGAAGUUUCAUCAUGUAAGUUUAAAAAAAAACUUUGAAUUAUAUACUUUCCAAACGAAUUGUUUAGUAUACUUUAUCGUAGUCAAUAGAGCAAUCCCGUGUAGACUAUUUACAAUCAGGAAAUAGGCAAACAUAAUUCUAGUGUGAGAUUUAGUUGAAUGAUACAAUAAUAUUGUUGAAAUCAUAAAUCCUUGAUGGUAUAGACCACCUUUAGAAAUCUGGAAGCACCUGACCACCGUUUCGUCCUGGUAUUGAAUUCAUCAGCCAUGCGCAUUUACAACUGCUGUUGAUUGCAGGAAUCGAACAUAUGAACUUCGGUCUCGCGUGAGAGCAUAUCCUAUUUCUUCAGACUUCCAUCUGCAGAACAGACAGAUUUCGUAUGUUUUUUGGUUUUGAAAAGACUUUGAUUGCGCUAUACAUUAAAAUUGGAUACUGUUUUCUCCAUUCAUAUAGCUUCUAGUCGAC